AUGCGAAAGGAAUGCCUGGAAGAGGUGGGCGUGACUGAAGACAACAGUUUUCUUCAAUCACACUCCGAGCAAAUAGCAUUGACAAUACGAAAAUGCCUCUCCCGUUUAAGUGCAAGUGAGCGAAGUGUUAUUGAGCGUAUCUACUCCCGCAAGCAACACCGGCCAAUGCUUGACAUACUGGCUCAAGUGCUCCAACAUCACAGUUUGCAGCCCGGAUUUACGGUGGGGAAUAUGAAUAGACUGCUCCGUAUGAAAUCUCCUGAUGAGCUUGCUCACUACCUUCGACAUAUAUUAGAUACAUGGACAUAUAUCAUGGGGGCCGGCAACAUAGGAGACUUGGAUCCCAACUCGGUGGAACUGCUGCAAGGUCGGUCACCGGUGUGGUCCACUAAUGACCACGAGUACAUUUCUCAGUUACUUAGAUCCGGUUCCCUAAUGCCACGGGUGACAGACAAAGAGAGACGUAAAUCACUGGGACGUCGACUUUUAUCAAUCCGAAGGAUAAUACCCUCGAUGUACACCUUCAUGGAAGAUACAAAGCUAAUUCCGGACGGCCCGAGAGACACCAUCCGGACAUCUCUCUUGCAUCAGUUUCGCCCACGGCGACGGUCCCGAUAUACUAACCGCUCAGGCUUUCUGCAGGCAUAUCGGCGCCUUUGGUUGUAUACAAUGCAGUAUUUUCCCGUCUUAAUCGGGACAAUGCCGUUGCUCGACCACCGAGGAGCAGAGAGAAGCAUCUGCCGGUCCCAGGAGGAAUCGCAACGACGCUGGGCCACGUUCUCUCGCCUUGCCAUCUCAUUAGGCUUUGAUUCUCCCCAAAUCCGUGGUCUACUACAUCGAGGCGUCGCGGCGACCUCAGAACCACACACCCAAUCCAUUUCAGAAAUGCCGUGUAUGACUCAACCAGAGACAGGUCGCUGGAAGAUGCACAUACCUGACGGCCUACCCGAGGAGCCGAGCCAAAUGUCACACUCUGUAUCAGAAGAGUGUGAUUCGAGCCAGAGAAGGAUACUUCCAAUAACCGCACAUCUCUCUAGGCAUGUCAGUCCCGUAGACAAUAGGGGCAACUCUACUCACCAGCCGUUAUUGCUCAUAUCACCGCUUAAUAGUCCACCGCCAGGCACAGCGUACAGCGCUUCAGUCUACAACACUACUACAGCGCUAUCCAGCAGAAGACAGUCACCGGCGCCAUUGACCACGAUGAUUGAGAUGACACAAUAUACGAAUUUGAACCCAUUCGAUUGCACCUCAGAUUCAAGUACUAAAUCUCCUUCAAGGCUAGGCCUACUUGGUGAAAAGACAAUUCAGAAACCACAGGACUUUGAGGCACCUUUAAAAACACUAUCUGGUGAUAAGGGCAUUCUAUAUGAGAUUGGCAACCCUGCUACCAUCUUCUAUUUGCCACUGGCACGUGUGGAUCGCUUAUUCGCCCAGUACUCCCAAGGUCAUCAGAGUCAUCGAUAUGCAAUUCUUAUACAGGGUGAAUUAUAUCCUGUUCACCCAACAGCAGUGCCGACUCAUUUAAGAUCUACCGUCGUGAUAACUGGGCCUAAUCUGACUUAA